AAGGCGAAUAGAGCCUAAAAAUAUUACAUUAUUAUGUACAGAAGUUAAAAUACUAAUAUAAAGCUCACAUUGAUACACAGCUCAAUUUUUCUUAGUUGAUUUAAACUAAGGUUGAAACAAACGACAUUUGUAAAAUGAGCAACACAGAAAUUCAGGAAUUGGAGCCAAAGAUCCUACAGGUUGAAGCAAAUAUGAACAAUAGCAUUACGAUUUCAAAACGAACAAUUGUUAUUACUUUGCUUAUUGCUGUCUGUGGAAUCUGGUUCAUAGGAUCUUGUUCCCAACAGAUGACUGAACUUUUGAACAAAAUCGAAAAUCUUGAGAAUAAAAUGAAGCAAAAGGACGAAUACAUGGAACAGCGCGAAGAAGAAAAUCGGAAACAGACAACUGUUCUGUUGAACAAAAUUGAAAAGUUGACUUUUGACAACGAAUACUUCAAGGAUACCAUAAGACAAAAAGACAGAGAUAAUGAACAUCUAAAAGGAGAAAUAGGGAGUUUGAAACAAUCGGGUUACAUGGAUUACGUCAGGAAUGUAGGUACAGUGGCUUAUACGUUGGGUGGUUUGGGUGCUUUAUCCUCCUUCGGUCUUCCCGCAAUCGGAGUCAAGUUAGGAGGCGAAGCAGCACUUACCAUAGGAAAGUCCACUCUCCAAAUGAUAGGAAUGGCGUAAUUUUCUCGAUGCUCGACUUACACAUCUUUAUGCUGACUGUCUUUAUUUAGUGUUGUGCCCUAAAACAUAGAUUCUCAAAGUGCUUUAUUCGGAAAACCAAGGAACCCGUGAUGGAAACCUGGGGAUCUGCAAUUUAUUCAAACACAUAUUUAAACACUGACAUGGCUAAUUCAUAUUUAACAACGGCAGAGUCGAAAUGUGGUAACUAGGCGGUAAUACAAAUAUGGCGUUAUCUAUGAGUUCCAAUGAAUGAUGUCAUAUUUCAAUUACAGCCUAGUUGGCUCAUUCCGGCACUAAAUUGUGUAAAUACCAAUGUGUUUUUUGAUAUUAUUUUCAUAACCUCAUUAUAGGUCUCCGUAUAUAAUGGUCAAUCUUUUCACGGACUAUAUAUCAUCAAUAGUUUAAGAACGCCUGACGUAAAAUGUUGGUGUUGAACGUAACUGUGUUAGUAUCGCGAUAUUCAAUCAAAUAAAAUCUGAUUCUUACAGAUAUAAUCAAAAUAUAAUUCAGAAGUUCCCUCAGAUAAGGGGUAUGCAACAGUCCGAUACGCUAAGCCAUUCAUGGCCCAUAUAAACACUCAAAUUUUCCCCAUCUAGCAUAAAUUCUAAUCCGACUGUUCAUGUUUAAAAAUGCGCCCACAUGGAUAAAUAAUUUUGCUCCUUUCGCUGCGUUAAGUUUUUCGCAGUUUUGACCGGCGUCUUUAUUACUGGAAAGCUAAACGAUGGCCGCAUUCUCUUUUCUGUGUGUCUAGCUAAACUCUAAAGUUAGUUAUAUGGCCCAACGACAAAAAUGUUGCACACCCCUGCCUUAGAAGAAUUCAAACAGUCCAAACUGCAAAACCUUGUGUAGCUUUUGUUUGUAAAUGUAACAUCAACCAACCUAUCUGUUUUCUAAUUUUGUUCUGUUAGUCGUUUAACCGUAAUACUAACAUGAUAUGCUUGUGCAAAUUAUAAUGGGAUUUUAUAUCUAGCUUGAAUGGCAAGGUGGUAAUGCUGAAGUUGAUGGUAUUAGUUUGAACCUGUAAUAAAGUUAAUAAUUCAUGUA